CUACACUCAAACAUAAACUAAAACCCUAACCCUAAUCCUAGCAAGCAGAAGCAGAGGAAAAUGACGCAGAAGGCUAAUCUUUUCAAGGGUCAAGCGAAGAAGAAAUCAAUUCCUCUUAAUCGUCAUGGGAAAGUCCCUCUUACUCGCAAAGGAAAGAGAUUCGUGAAGCCAUCCAAGGUUACAAAGGAUAUGGAUGCUGAUCGUGAGGUGAGCAAAUUCAUUAACCACUGCAAUGAGAUUAAAGCAGUUACUUUAGCUCAGAAAGAAGGUGGCCAACUAAACAUCGUUCAACCGCCACCAGAGUCUGCAAGUGGCGCAAAUAAAUAGUUAAUGAUGGUGUAGGGGGAUAGUUGUGAUAACUGAAUAUAUCUUAUGAUGCUGAUGCUACUUCUCAGUGCCUUUGUUGUAAAUUGCAAAUGCAAUUUUGAUAGUCCCGUCUUUCUUUACCUUGCAAGAGUGUUUUGUGGUGUAUGCUUUAGUUUGAAUUGCUCCAUUUUUCUUCUUUCUUUCUUCUAGAUAUGGGGGGUUUGGGAUAUUGUAGUUGUCAUAGCCUUAUUCCAUUCUUGAAGUAACUGGGAAAGUUUUGUCUAUAUGGAAAAAUGUGUAUCAUUUUAAAGGACACAAAGUUGUUUCAUUUUAAACGAGAGA